AUGUUCCGCCGUCCCCCUCGUAAUUUCCGCGGUCGGCGGCGUGCGGCCUCCAGCGCUAGCAGCAGCGACGAGGAGCCAGACCAGGCUGCUGCUCCACCGUCAGCCCUCGGUCUCAGCUCCGACUCCGAACGGGAAGUGGAGCCUGAGGAGGACGACGGGCACCCCGGCAGCGCCACCGGGAGCCCCGAGGGCGCCAGGGCCACGGCAGCAGAGGGGCCGCUGUGCCCAGAGGGCCCUGCGGGCAGCCCCGAGGGAAGGGCGACUUCGGGGAUCGGGCCGCGUCUCGCCGGCGCUGGGCCGGCGCUGGGUGGAAAGGUGCUGCUGAGCUUUGGUAGCGAGGAGGAGCGGGAAGGUAAGGAAUUUUUUAAAAUUAAAAAACCAUCCUUCAAUGAAGUGACCUUUAGAAUUCAAAAGAAAGCAAGCCCUUUACCUUCGCAGACAGAAGCAGAAGAAAGCAAAAAAAUCUGCCAAUCGGAGCCUACAACAGUCAACACACAAGGCACUUGUAAAGAAGAUGAGGAGGGGGAUGAAAGUUAUUCUUCACCAAGUCAGGACUACAACAGCUCAGCCUCUGAAAACGAAUCCAGCUCCCUACAGAGGAGGAAGGAUUUAUCAGCAAGUAAUAUCCCCAGCACAGCUUCCAUUGAGGCUGCUCGGAGGAAGCGUCAGUUAGCCAGGACGCAGGCUGAUUAUCUUCCACUGGACGUUUCAAACAGUCAUCGAGUCUCUCAGAGAAGACAAAGCAGUGACUUAGAGAGUGAAGAUGAGUCUGAUAUGAAGAAUAUCAGUUUGGCUCCUAAAAUGAGAACUCUUCGGCAGAGGAUGGCUGAACACAUGGUGACUGUGAGCGAUGAAUCAAGUGAAGAUGAAGCGCAAAUUAAGUGGGAGGAACAGCAAAUAAAGAAAGCAGUAAAAUUCUCUCAGGAAACUUAUGAUGAUGCUUACCUGCAGCAUCUGCAUAAAUCUCAACCAGCUAAACCAAAGUUUGAUCCAUCUGUUCCUCUUCCACCUGUGGACUUGGAAAUUGUGAAAAAGCGACUGACUGAGAGGAUAACAUCAUUACAGAAUGUGCACCGUGCCCACCAGAGGGAGUAUGAAAAAUGUAUAGAGGACAUUGAGAGUUCAAAGAUAAAUGUCCGGGAGUUAGAGAAAUCUUCAGAUGCAGUUCUGAAUUUCAAAUUCUACAAGGGCAUGAAAAUAUAUGUAGAAAAUCUUAUAAAUUGUUUGAAUGAAAAACUGAAAUACAUUAAUGAGCUGGAAUUGGCUGUACAUGUGCUUCUUCAGCAACGGGCCUUGACAGUACUGAAACGAAGGCAAGAUGAGCUAAAAAAUGAAUCUACUUAUAUUCAGCAUCUGACAAGUGGAAAUGACAAACCAACUAAUGGUGGAUUAGAAGGUGCUGAGAAGAUGCAGCUUCUGGAAAUGUGUGAACAUCGAAGGACCUGCAGGCGCCAAGCGAGAGAGCGUUCAGGAGAAGCUGAUCACCACGAAGGCAUGUCGAGUGAUGAUGAACUGAGUCCAACAGAGGUGCAUGAGUUUCAGAAGAGCAAAGAUAACGUUGUAGAGGAUAGUAGAAAAAUCUUUGAAGAUGUACAUGCAGAUUUUUGUGACAUCAGAAAAAUCCUGUUGAAAUUCCAGGAAUGGAAAGAGAAGUUUCCUGACUCUUACUGUGAUGCUUAUAUCAGUUUCUGCCUGCCUAAGCUAUUAAAUCCAUUGAUUAGAUUUCAGUUAAUAAAUUGGAACCCUCUUGAGGUAGGAAUGAUCUUUCAACAGAAUUUUACAGAUUUGGAAGAGAUGCCUUGGUUCAGAGCUAUAGAAGAAUUUAGUGAUACCAAGAAUGUAUCGGAAAGGGAUGAUGCCAAAAAUGUAUCAAAAAGGGAUGAUGAUCAUGAUCAAGAAGUUCUGUCUAGAGUGAUCAAUAAAACUAUUCUUCCAAAAAUUACAGCAUUUGUGAAAAGUGUGUGGGAUCCUUUAUCUACUUCACAGACAAAGAAUCUUGUACAGCUUUGCAAUAAUGUCUUUGAAAAACAAGUAAAUUCCAAAACUGAACUCGGUCAAGCGAAAGAGGAUUUGAUAAACAUGGUUGUCCAAAGAAUGAAGAAAUCUAUAGAGGAAGAUGUAUUUAUUCCUUUGUAUCCUAAAAGGACUGUGGAAGACAAGUCAUCGCUGUGUUCAAAAUUCCAAGAAAGACGGUUUUGGUCAGCUGUUAAGCUGCUCUCCAAUGUUCUUCUUUGGGAUGGCAUUGUACAAGAAGAUACACUCCGUGGCUUGGGACUGAACAAGCUGCUGAAUCGUUACCUUCUUCUGAACCUCUUAAACACACCGCCAGGGCUGGAUCAUAUAGAAAAGUGUAAUAAGGUGGUUGCAUGCCUCCCAGAAAGAUGGUUUCAAGGUCUUAAAAGUGGUUCAACUCUUCCUGAAUUACUCAACUUCUGCCAGCACUUGCUGCAAUGUGCCCGUACACUAUACAAGAAUAACCACAGUGAUGAAACAAAAGAAGUUCUUCUCCUGCUGGUGAAAGUCAAAGCUCUGCAUAUUGUUGAAGAUUUCAUUGAGGAGUCUAAACUCACACACCUUAAAUCAGUAAUUGGGAAAUAGAAAUUUCUGAGGCAAUGCUUACAUUACUGAAACAAGGCUCUAUUCACACUAAAGGAGUUCUAAUGAAAUUAAAUUAGUGGUUUACCCUCUCAAAGAUGUGGCAAUUACUGUCUUACUGUUGAGGGUUUUUUCCCUAAUGUCUUCUCGUGCCAUCUUCUCUUAGGUUAAGGGAGCCUUUGUACAAGUUACAGUUGUCAAAGUAAAG